GUACGUUGAUGUGCUGGCGCUUGGCUUAAUGGAUCCAGCAAACGAUGCCUCUAUUGAGGAGAUGGAAGCGGAGAAGGAGGAACAUGCAGAAAUAACGACUCCGAUAGCCCAUGCCUUUGAUGCAAAGGAACGUACAGACGACGUUCUACUGUCUGCUGUUGACUCGGAGACCAGCUCUGGCGCUCCUUCGUCUGCCCUAAAGGUGAAGAGUUCGCCUUCGUUUGCAUCAAUGGGUCUGUCAGUGAACGUUCUGAAGGGCUUGCACGCUGCCGGCUUCCAACGACCCUCCCCCGUCCAGAUAAAAGCUAUUCCCCUUGGCAGGAUGGGUCUAGACAUGAUCGUUCAGGUACAUCAUCCAGAAUCUGUUGCAUUAUUUGAAAUGUCCGUAAUUUUUGACCUUUUCUAG